GUAAGAUCAUGCUCAUUACGGAACGUAAUCAACUGUUCUUAGUUGUAAGUGCGCAUAUGCGAGGCGGACUUCUCCCUUUCUGCGUGCAGAGUUGAAUUGACAGUGACCCACUGAGGUAGUUUCACCUGUCUACCCUGGAGGUGUAGUGGACUCGGCUGUGGCCACUGUAGAUUGCAGUGUUAUGAAGGUUUACGUAGAAGAAGGCAACAAAUUGUUGGAUUUCAACUGUUUAUUGUGAAAUAUUUUCAGUAACAGGACCGAGGAAGGAAAAAAAGGAGUUAACGUGUGUUUUGGGUUGAUUCUGUGGAGGAUUAAAUGGGAGUGUCUCGUGGGAGCUGCUUGCUGGUCAGUGAGCGUACAACCAGGCAAAUGUGAGCACAUUUCACCGGUUGGGUUGGAAGGAUCAAGGGUGGUCGUUGUUGUUAUUUACCAAUAGUGUAGAGCAAGUUGGGAGACUGUAGUGGAGUGUUUGCGGCUAUGAUGCUAGGCAUAGCAGGGGACUACCUAUGCCUGAUGCUGUAUGUUUCGGUCUAAAAGACACUCCCUCGUGAAACGGCUGUGGAAGCACCGUCUUAUUAACGAUGAAACCCAAAGUACGACUGAAAGUCCAGAGGAAUUGGAAUUAAAAUCUGUGGCCCACACAAUGCUCAAAAGACUGAAGGAAAAACAGCUGGAUAUCCUCGUCCAGUCUGUUGAAAGCAAGGGUGGUGAAAAUACGGAAUGUGUGUUGUUACCAAAAGAACACGUUCGAGUCGGACGGCGGUCGUUCUCUCAUCACAACCUGUGUUGUCGACUUUGGCGAUGGCCGGACCUUAGCCAAGAGGCGGAAUUGAAAAGAUUGUCUUGUUGCAAUACCGUGAAUGAUCCUGGCUAUGUCUGCUGUAACCCGUAUCACUGGAGUCUGCUUCUCAAACCAGAUACCACGGUAGCAGACCAAACUCGAACACACGAACAGAUUGAACGAGUAAAAAUAACAGAUGAUCUUCUACGUGUUAACGAGUCAACAGAAACGGGUAUGACUCCGACGACUAGAAGGUGUACCUAUUCAGACAGCGUCAAUGCCAUGAGCGGUCCACACUGGUGCAACAUCGCCUACUGGGAGCAGCGGCAGCGCGUCGGCCGACUCUUCACAGUAUUCGAACCCAGCAUUAGCAUCUUUCAAGUUCUGCCACACGGAGACGGCAUGUGCCUGGAGAUACUACAACAAGACUCCAACUUAGAAUCUGUGCGACGGACUCGAGAGAAGAUAGGGUUUGGUAUUAUCCUCAGUCAGGAGGGGGACGGUGUGUGGGUGUAUAACCGCUCCCUCUUCCCGAUCUUUGUCAACUCCCCAACGCUGGAACUUCCCAAUUCACGGAUGUUAGUGGUGCGGAAAGUCAUGCCAGGAUAUUCAAUCAAAAUCUUCGACUAUGAUGAGGCAGAGACGUUGGAACGAACUCGAGACCCUCUGCAGUACGAUGGGCCUUACGACCCAAGCUCAAUUCGGAUAAGUUUUGCCAAGGGAUGGGGCCCGUGCUACUCCCGCCAGUUUGUGACUUCAUGCCCAUGUUGGGUGGAAAUACUUUUAAACAUUAACAGGUGAUAGUGGCUGGGAUUGGGACCGCAAGGUCUUGGAAUUGCGUCACAACUCUGGGCAUUCAAACCAAAAGUGUCCCCCCUCCCCUUCCACCCAGGGGUUCAGAAGCUACUGCUCGAGGGGAGGCUUGUGAUGAUUGUGCAUGGGAUGGUGCUUGUAUGGGCCUCGGCUUUCAGUCCUCCCCACCUGGAGGACCUGAUACCUCAUCUGGUCCUAUCGGACCCUCCAUGGCUGAGGUCCUCCAAGCUGCGUCCCAUAGCAUGAUACCAAAAUGGCGGCCCCACUUGGGGUCUUCGGAAAGAAACGGGUCUAACGUACUGCUUACUGGAUUAUUGUUAGCAUUUCAGUGUGGCUCUGUUCUUAGACAGGGUCAGAAGUGGAAAACUGGGAUUUGCCCACGAUUUAAGUAUUCGGAAAAAACCUGCAUAAAAUGAUGGUGCAGAGGUGGGCGUGGAUCGGGCCGAUGACGCCAGCCUCAUUUCCAAACAAAGUGCCUUCUUUGUCAAUGUCAAGGUCACGUACAUCUCGCUAUGCAGAAAACAAGUCAACUGGCCGUGUUAUAAAUCGUGAAUAUUUCCCAUCAUGCAAUAACAGAUGCCCAGGCGGAAGCAGGAAAAGAAAAUACUAGUUACCUCCCUUGAAUACUGAACUACCUACAUACAUACCUAUAUGAAAUAUGUAUAUAUGCAGAAAUCAAAUUAACUGGGCCUGAAGUGGUCCAUAACCUGUGAAAUGGUACGUGAAUGGAGGGCAAAACAAAUGAGCCCAGUUAUAAAUAUUUUAUAUAAGCAUACCAUGUGCCUGUGCAUACGUGUCUGUACAUAUGGUCCAAACAUUUUUAUCAUGUAAUUUAUGACAUCAGAAGUGCAAUGCAUUUGGCACUUUUUGUCCUGUUGAAAUACAAAAUAGAUAUGGAAUUGUGGGAAUGUUGUGCCAAGACCACUGGUGUGCAAUUCUUUGUCAACACGAGUUGUGUAAUUCAAUUAUGCCCUCUUCAGCUCUACUACACUUCGUAAUGAAGUUUUAUGUUUGAGGGUUGCCAUGGUAACAGAAUGUUUUUGUUGCCAUGGGAACGCUACCUGAGACAAUGUGCAAGUAUUUUUAACUCUCACAAGCAGCCGAUUCAAGACUUGGUAAGAUUUUAACAUCAGGCUUUGUUUUGUUUUGACAUUUGUUUUACAUCUGUUGUGUUAAGAGUUUUAGAUGAUACCCAUUUGACAGGUCCAUUUUCAACCAUUUGACAGGUCCAUUUUCAAAAGUUGUUACAAGAAAACUGACUUCAAGUCAUUGUUGUCAUGAAGAUGCUUGAAGAUUAGAAUUUCCCAAUGGAGUUUUAUUGCUAAAUUCUGCAAUGUUCCUGACAAAUAUGUUCCCUGUAGUCUUGACUCGGCUGUUUGUUGAUGUUUUAGCAGCAUUUUAAUAUGAAUCUACCUCAUUAGCCGACGUCGUCAUGUUCUGUUACUGCUAUGUUAUAUGUUUGUUACCUCACACACACGGCAAGCCCUGGGGUGGGGCAGUCUGCCUGUCACCCCAGGGCACCAGCAUGGGGGGCGCUCUACAAGUUGUGGCUGAAAGUGUCCAAAUUUGAAAUGAUUUGAUACAACUGUUUAAAUGAAUUUGAAAUUUUGAAAAUUGUUUCUUUAUUUUGUACAUUGUACAAAGCAACUGUUACGAGUUUGAUGUUGUUGGUGCAUGGUGUGUGCCUUGUGUAGAUGACUGUCUCCCUCUCACAGACGUGUUACACAACACUGGGUCGGCUACCUCCAGGCUCUGGUGGCCAAGGCAAUACUGGAACAUUUACUAUAUAGAAGACUAGAUUCGAUGUAAACUCCUUAACCUGAAGUAAUGCUGAAACUAAAUGAUUAAUUAAAAGAGUUUUUCAUAAUAUUACCUGCAUAUAACAGAAAGGAAAUGGUUAAAUAUUGUUAAGGAAAUCCUGGUGUAGAGGAGGACAGAGGUUGGUUGGGCUGGUCACUGUUUUGAGUACCUGGCUGUGUUAACCUCAUUGUCAGGAUGCAUCUCACGAUAUGGGACAAUUAACCCUGUUCAGGGUGUCACUGACACAGAGGCGAGGAGUGCGGGGCUUAGUGGGGGUGACAUGACGACAGUGGGACUUGGAUAUGGGUGACAUCACGACAGUGUGACUUGGAUACGGGUGACGUGACGACAGUGGGAUUUGGAUACGGGUGACGAGACAACAGUGUGACUUGGAUACGGGUGACAUGACGACAGUGGGACUUGGAUAAGGGUGACAUGAAGACAGUGGGACUUGGAUACGGGUGACGUGACAACAGUGGGACUGGGGUGAGGAUAAGACAACAGGAAAAUCUAGGGGUGACAGGUUCAUUUGUAGUUGGGGCAGUGGGGUAGCAUAGUGGUUAAAGCGUUCGCUCAUCUCGCGGAAGGCCCACGUUCAAUUCCCCACAUGGAUACGAUUUGUGAAGCACAUUUCUGGUGUCCCCGCCAUGGUAUUGCUGGAAUAUUGCUAAAAGUGAUGUAAAACCCAAAUCACUCACUCACUCAGGUCAGGGACAAGAAGGGGUGUGGAGCAGGUGCUGAGAAGUAGGUUGAUCAGUGCAGGUCAAGAAUGUAUAUUAAUAUAUAAUAUGAUGUAGCUAUGUCGGUUGUAGGGUAUAAUGCGCAACAGUAGAUCAAUCCGAAUUUCAGAUGAAUGUGAUGAUGAAUUUAAUCAGUGUAUACUGGUGUAAGAUGAAUGUUUGAUGAAGCUGUGUCUAAGGAGGCCACUCAUAAUGAGAUCAGUCUAAAGCAGUUUGAAGUCUAACACAGCAGAUUAUCAGGCAGGUUGUAUCUUCUCUCCAAAAUGACAGAUUUUCAGAAUAAUUAAGCAGUGAUGGUAACAUAGCGAGAUGUCGGCCGUGCUUGAGCCAGCCACUUGAGCAAAUCUAUAUCUUCUGUCGGCGUAUUGGGACAUGCUCAGAUGAAACUCGCGACUCACAGUGUCACUGGAUAGCAGGGAUUGUGAAACGUAAAUGCAAAUAGGACAAUAUGAGAAGGUGACUGAGCAGGAUUUGAUGUCUCCUGCAGUUUACGAGGCUCUUGAUCUACCGGGAUUAACUCUAGGACCUGCUCCAGGCUGACGUAGGUUCUUGCUGAAGUACACGCAAACAUGUUGUUGGUCAAUGUAGGUGGAUACUGUAUACAGCUUGUGUUUUCAUUAUCUCUCCAUAAAUAUGUACAUUUUGAAAUCAGAUAUUUCAUAAUGAGUUAAACGUGAGAGUUGGUUGGUCAUGAUUGGAACAAAAGUUUGUAUUAUUUUAUGAGCUGUACGAGCUGUCAUAUAGUUUUGGCAUACUUCCCCCUUGAAAAUGUUAGAUACUUGUGAGUUCGUUCAACUUUUGAUAUUUCAAGGGAAAUUGUUACGGUGAUUUCCAAUAAGGGUUGCUUUAGAAUAAACAAAAGAGGAUUU